GAAUGGUGGAGCUGGAUCAGUUGGGGGGUGGAUAACCGGACGGGUUGGGGGGCAGGCAGCAAGUUCGGGUCGGAGCAGAGAAAGGGAGAUGGAAUCAUGGGGCGUUCUGGUUGGGGGGCUGAGGGUGGUGGUCUUUUUCGUGCCUUUCUUUCGUUACAGAGGCAUGGAACCAGAACGGACAGCAGCGAGGCCGAAGCGAGACAGCUACGUAAGAUGGUCAGCAGUGCACGAUUCUUACCCGAAACUAGUCCAGGGAUCGAAUGGUGGAGAUACGAGAUGAGAAGGCGUGGCAGGCUGCCCUGGCAAUUGCGAUUUAGACAACUCGACAGGAUAAAGUCAAUUGGAGCAAGUCGAUGGUGCAGCUCGACUGCGGGACACCCAAUCCUCGACUGUGUGGACUGGAACAGCGGCAAGCUGACUGUCGUCGGAAGUCGUCAACGUGACCACGUCCAAGAAUGUGACCACAAGUGCGAUUUGCAGAGGCCGUGGCGAGGUUCCACUUCCUCGUGGCUGUGUGCCCCGACUGACCUGAACCCUGUCGAGCUGACGGCUGCAGCGGUCGAUUGACAGCGACUUUCGCAAACGUUAGGCGCUGAUCAACCUUCGGUUUGCCGGCCCAUGCGG